UCUCUUCUUGUUCUUGCUACACCUCUGUGCCUAGCUAAAGCGAGAGCUAGCUAGCCAGCUAGCUAGCAAUGAGGGUGGUUGGAAUGGUUGCUUGGGCAUGCAUAUGGCUGCUGCUCCUGCAGCUCGCCGGGGCUUCUCAUGUCGUCUACGAUGAGAACCUCGAGGUGGAGGCGGCGGCAGCCGCCGUGCCGCCCUCCAUUGUCGACCCCCUGCUGAGGACAGGGUACCAUUUCCAGCCUCGCAAGAACUGGAUCAAUGAUCCCAACGCUCCAUUGUACUACAAGGGGUGGUACCACAUCUUCUACCAAUACAACCCCAAAGGCGCCGUGUGGGGCAACAUCGUGUGGGGCCACUCGGUGUCGCGAGACCUCAUCAACUGGGUGGCCCUGAAGCCGGCGAUCGAGCCCAGCAUCCCGUCCGACAAGUACGGCUGCUGGUCAGGGUCGGCGACCACGCUCCCCGACGGCACGCCGGCGAUCAUGUACACGGGCGUGAACCGUCCCGACGUGAACUACCAGGUGCAGAACAUCGCGUACCCUCGGAACAAGUCGGACCCGCUGCUCCGGGAGUGGGUGAAGCCCUCGCACAACCCGAUCAUCGUCCCCAAGGCCGGCGUCAACGCGACGCAGUUCCGGGACCCCACCACGGCGUGGCGCCACGCCGACGGCGGCGGCCACUGGCGGCUGCUCAUCGGCAGCCUGGAGGGCGCCGCCCGCGGCGUGGCGUACGUGUACCGGAGCCGCGACUUCAAGCGGUGGACGCGGGUCCGGCGGCCGCUGCACUCGGCGGCCACGGGGAUGUGGGAGUGCCCGGACUUCUACCCGCUCAGCACGGCCGGCCGGCGCAUGGGUGUCGAGACGUCGUCGUCGUCGGCGGCGGCGGCGGGCUCUCGCCGUCGUCAGGCGAACAAGUACGUGCUGAAGAACAGCCUGGACCUGCGGCGGUACGACUACUACACCAUCGGCACGUACGACCCGGCGGCGGAGCGGUACGUGCCGGACGACCCCGCCGGCGACGAGCGCCACCUGCGGUACGACUACGGCAACUUCUACGCGUCCAAGACGUUCUACGACCCGGCGAAGCGGCGGCGGAUCCUGUGGGGCUGGGCCAACGAGUCCGACACCGCCGCCGACGACGUCGCCAAAGGGUGGGCUGGGAUUCAGGCGAUUCCGAGGACGGUGUGGCUGGAUCCCAGCGGGAAGCAGCUGCUGCAGUGGCCUAUCGAGGAAGUGGAGGCGCUCAGAGGCAAGUCGGUCACUCUCAAGAACAGGGUGAUCAAGCCAGGACAGCACGUCGAGGUGACCGGGAUACAAACGGCACAGGCUGACGUGGAGGUGAGCUUCGAGGUGCCGAGCCUGGCGGGAGCGGAGGCGCUGGACGACCCGGCGCUCGCCGGCGACGCGCAGCGGCUGUGCGGCGCCAGGGGCGCCGCCGUGGAGGGCGGCGUCGGACCGUUCGGGCUCUGGGUGCUGGCCUCCGCCAACCGGGAGGAGAGGACCGCCGUGUUCUUCAGGGUGUUCAGGCCCGCGCGCGGCGGCGGCAAGCCGGUGGUGCUCAUGUGCACCGACCCCUGCAAGUCAUCUCUGGACCCGAACCUGUACCAGCCGACGUUUGCAGGUUUUGUGGACACAGACAUUUCUAACGGCAAGAUCUCUCUGAGAAGCCUGAUCGACCGGUCGGUUGUUGAGAGCUUUGGAGCCGGGGGCAAGACGUGCAUCCUCUCCAGGGUCUACCCGUCGCUCGCCAUCGGCAAGAACGCCCGCCUCUACGUGUUCAACAACGGGAAGGCGGACGUCAAGGUGUCCAGUCUCACCGCAUGGGAGAUGAAGAAGCCACUCAUGAAUGGAGCUUGAAAUGUUUACAUGUAUACGAGCUUCAAUUGGUUGUGCGUGAUGGAUUUUUAGAAAAGAGAAUUAUAUUGAUAUCCUAAUUAAUUAGCUUCUGUAUGGAUUAAUGCAUAUGGUUGUGCGUGAUGGAUGGAUAUCGUGCUCCGAUCCUUUGUAGAAUGACCAGUAUGAUUUAUAUAUACGAGCUUGUAUGAUUCCACUCCUGGAAAAAACUAUGAGAGUUUGAUUGUA